AUGGCGGUGUCGACGAUCCGCGUCGCCGCCGCGCGGGUUUCGCCCGGCGAAUGGACCCGACGGUGCGGCCGCGACCGUGGCGCGCGCCCGACCCGCCGCCCGCUCCCCGCGCCUCCACGGACCCGCGCGUCGCAGUCGUCGCCGCCAGCCUCCGGGGAAAAUUUGCCCGCGGACGCCGCGUCGCCGGAGGAUGCCUUCGCGCCGGACCCCGCGCUGGCGGCGUCGAUCGACGCGGUCACGCGCGCGUGCGACCUCCUCCUCGACCUCGGAUCUUCGUGCCGCGCGCACGCCAAGCCGGACGACACGCCCGUGACGGUCGCGGAUCUGGCGUGCCAGGCGCUCGUCACGCAGGCGCUGCGCCAAUCGCUGGGCGACGACGUCGUCGUGAUCGGCGAGGAGGACGACGCGGUGUGCAUCGCGGACGCGGCGACGUCGGAGGCGGUCGUAGAAGCGGUCGCCAGACACGGAGGCGACGGCGCCACCGCGGUGGAGGCGCUCGCGCGGCGCGUCUGCGUCGACGACGAAUCCCUCGACGCGCUCGACAUGCGAAGAGACGCGGCGGAAUCGACGCGGCGACGAGGAGGUAAGUCCCCCGUCGGCUCCGUCCCCGCUCGCCCGCGGUACUUCGUCUUGGACCCCAUCGACGGAACGAAGGCGUUCAUCCGCGGCGUCGACGACCCGGCGUCGCCGCAGUGCGCCGUCGGCCUCGCGCGCGUGGACCCCGCGAAUGGAGCGCCCGACCUCGGCGUCCUCGGGCUCCCGUUUUGGCGGGGACCGCCGCUCGCGCCGGGCGACGGCGUGGGCGUCGUCGUGGCGGCGUCCGCGGGUAAAGGGUGCUGGUACAAGCCCCUGUUCAGCGGCGAGCCGGGUGGGUCGGGGUGGCGACGCGCGAGAACGUCGACGGUCGCCGACGUGAGCGCCGCGACGGUGGUGACGUCGGAGGGGGAGCGACUGGAAAAUCUUCCAAUCGGCGCGGCGCUCGCGUCCAAGACGUUCGGCGGAGCGUCGCAGACGCCGCGCGAGGUUCGCAUGGGAUGCGGGUCGCUGUGCAAGUACGCCGCCGUGGCGCUCGACGUCGCGCAGGUGUUCGUCCAGCACCCGCCUUUGGAUUACGCGCUCAAGGGGAAGCGGAGCAUGGUCUGGGAUCACGCCGCCGGUAUAGUUUGCGCGGCGGAGGCUGGUGCCACGGUGACUGACCUUCGCGGUGGAGCGGUCAGACUGGGCGACGGCGAACGGGAGGUUCGCGCGUUCGAACCCGGCGGCGGGGGAAUACUCGUGGCUGCGGCGGGGAUACACGCGAGGUGCCUGGAGCUGUACACGUGGGGCGCGAGCGCGGGCAAGUUGGGCAAGUCGUGA